GAGUGCGGGCUGAUCGCAGGCAGCGAGCGGAAAGUGGAGGAAGGCACUGGAGAGCUACAACAUCUGAAAGUUUUAAACCUGUGAUCGCCGUAGGUGAUGCGAAGCAGGACUGGGGGUUCCUCCAACAUGUGGACUCGAAGCAAAUUCCACAUCAUGGACAGAUGCAGACCCGGACAGAUUUAGGUUUUGCUGCUGAGCGACGGCACUUUCUUUCAGGCUCUUAUGUGGGGAGGGUGGAAAUAUAAAGACGUGACAGGGAACUUUACAGGAGCCAUUGUACAACCACAUGGAAAAAGACUUCUGCGCUUUUUCUAGUGCAGAACAUUUGCUCUUCUAUUUGAGAGUGAAAACACAGCAACUUGGAAAAAACUGACAACUGAAACACCAAAGAAGACUACCAAAGAAAAAACCAACUGUCUGAAACUGACAAAUUAAAGCAAAGGGUAACGAGCUCUCCUUUUAACAGGCCUGUUUCUUAUUUAAAGUGGAUUCAGAAGAAGACGAGUGCAUCAGCAGCCUGGGAAACAGAGGACCCCCGCUAACAUUUCUCUGUGGAAGUACUAACCGUGGUGGGAUUAUUGCCAACAUUGGAGUUUUAUGCAUUGGACCCCCAACCUUUUUUUUUUUUUUUUUUUUUUUAAUCAUCUUGAAGCAGUAGAUCACCUACUGAUUACCAGCAUUUUUUCCCCUUUGAGUUUGUGCACUACAGGACGGAUGAAGCAUCUUGUGCGCUGACCCUGGAGUUGUCCUACCCUGCCCUGUGCCCUUACCAGUAGGACCAAGUGACCAUGCUGACCGAUUGUGGCACACCAGAAAAAUCAGAGCCCCGACUCUUGCUCAGGCACACUGUGAUCUCAGCAGAACCAUGUCUCACCCAAUCGUGGCACAGCUCGAGGCCAACAACUCCGAUGCCGGAGAAGUGCCUGAGAUUCAGCUGAAGUGGGCUGCGCUCCUUAUCUUCAUGGUCAUUAUCCCAACUAUUGGAGGAAAUAUUCUGGUCAUUCUCGCCGUAUCGCUUGAGAAGAAGCUGCAGAAUGCCACCAACUACUUUUUGAUGUCACUUGCUGUGGCUGAUCUGCUGGUGGGGCUUCUAGUGAUGCCCAUUGCGCUCAUCACAGUUCUCUACAACUCUGGAUGGCCUCUUCCGGAGUUCCUCUGCCCAAUUUGGCUCUUCCUGGAUGUGCUGUUUUCUACUGCAUCCAUCAUGCAUCUAUGUGCAAUUUCACUGGAUCGCUACAUUGCCAUCAAGAAGCCCAUCCAACACAGCCAGUACAAAUCCAGAGCCAAAGCAAUGGUCAAGAUCGCACUGGUGUGGCUCAUAUCCAUUUGUAUUGCAAUCCCCAUUCCUAUAAAAGGGCUUACGAACUACCACGUUCCCAACAACAUCACCUUCAACAGUAACCACACAUGCCUGCUGAAAACUGACACCUUUCGGGAGUUCAUCAUGUUUGGCUCCUUGGCAGCAUUCUUUGUCCCUUUGACUAUCAUGAUGGUGAUCUAUCUGCUCACCGUCCAGGUGUUGCGCAAAAAGGUUUACUUGCUCAGAUCAAAGGUGACUCAGCGCUUAAGCUAUCCAACAGUCUCGACAGUUCUUCAAAAACAACCAGCUAUGACUUCUCUUCAAGCUGAACAAAUGAACAUGCUGGACAGCAGACUUCUCAGGAUGCAAGAAAAACCCAAUACAGGCACAACAAACAAUCCUGCAGGGAAUGUAAUGUCGUUUCGGAGAAUGUCGACAAUGGGGAAAAAAUCAAUGCAGACUCUAAGCAAUGAGCAGCGUGCCUCUAAGGUGCUUGGCAUUGUCUUCCUGUUAUUUGUAGUCAUGUGGUGCCCUUUCUUCAUCACUAAUAUCACCUCAGUGCUGUGCACCAGUUGUGAUGCCAACCUCAUUUCCAGCCUCAUGGAGAUCUUUGUUUGGGUGGGUUAUGUGUCAUCAGGAAUCAACCCACUGGUCUACACACUCUUCAACAAAACCUUCAGGGAGGCUUUCACACGUUACAUCACUUGCAACUACAAAAGCUGCACGACUGGGCAUCAGCGACACCCGACAGCUUCAAAUGCAGAUUGGACACUCACGGGAAUUUCAUUCAGAUCUUCAGUGGCAGAAAACUCCAAACUGUUCAUGAAGCGGGGGAUGAAGAACGGCAUUGGAACAGUGAGCUAUCAAAGUCCAUUAAGGUGCCGUAAAUCGCCUGUACAGUCGUGCAGUGGCGUCGCAUUGGACACAAUGCUUUUCACUGAGAAUGACCAUGGUCAGCACGAGGAACACGUUAGCUGCCUAUGAAGAUGGAUGAUACCUGAAUUAAUAAUCUAGCACUUGGAUCAGAUCUAUGGAACUAUUUUUAAAACUUAGAAACAUUCAAAAGACAAUAAACAGCUAAUCUUAAUUGGAUACACUCCAUUACUUGUUGCACGCUGCAACAGGGAAAACAAAACCCUUCACUAUUGUUGUCUGAUGCUAUCGGUGUGUGUUUACAUCAGCUGUGAGAAAGCAAACAGGACUGUGUUGCCAAAUACGUUAAUUUAUGCGAUUUCUGUAUUUAUAACAUGUCAAACUCCCGUUUUAUCUGACUGAUUGAUAUGGGCGCUGAAUAUUACUUAAGAGACCUUAUAACUGACAGUCCAAACAGCACUUGCCAGGUCACAGGAAAACUGAACACAAAAUUGCAUCAACUUUGAAGCUACCAGAAAAAAUGACAACCUGAAAGCUGAACCUAGAAUAAAAUACAUUCCUAAGCUGAUUCCUUCAAACUAGGCUAUGUGAAUAUGCUACCAAUCAUCUCAAGCUACGUUUAUACUUUAAGACAAUCACAACUCUACCUUUCAAAUCUCUUCUGCAAAAAAAAAAGAAAAAAAACAUGAAACUGCAUUGCACUUCUAAGAUGUUAAAUUUUGCAUUCUUGUAUGUGUAUUGCAGCCUGCUGUUUUGAUAUGUUGUACCAAUUUUCCUAAUAAAUGAUUGUUGAUAUGAAAGAAUUAAAUCUACUUUAAAUGGAAACCUGAUUGUUUUUCAAUAACAGAUUUCGUGUUGCUGGCUGAAAUCAAAAGUGAAAACCAUUCAUGUUUUCUUGUCAUGCUGCAUCAUUAAUGCCAGGAGAAACAAAACACGUUAUUCAAACCAGGAAAGAAAAAGAACAAACAAAACAUACCACACCAGAACAUCUGCACUGUUUCACUUUUGUUAAGGUAGGCUUUGUUCACCAUCAAUAAACUGCAGCUUUGAUGUUUUGGGAUAAAAAGCAGAAAUACAGCCCAUCAAAGUUGCAUUCAUGUUUGGAGAAUGCGGGGCCUUGUCCCUCACCCAUUGAGGGGUGAAGUUGAAAUAAAAAAGCCAAUUUGAGUCACUGUGUUUUGGAAUCCUUUUGUAAACACAGGGGAGAUUUACACAAUAUUUAUCUGACAGCUUGCUGAUCAAAAUAUCACAAAAAAAAAAAAAA